UUGCGAAGACCCGGAAUGUAUUCGGGGACGGACGUCCGCUUUGAUUGCGUACCUCGGCUGAGAGAGGAAACAUGAGUGCGGGUUGUUGUCUGUACUGAACUCGCUUUAAAACAUAAAUAAAUACUCUUUACUUUGUUAAAGUCUCGGUCGGUCGGUCGGUCGCUAUGCCUCAUUCGGAGCGGUCGGGCUCUGACGGCGGCGGGGGGCCUCGCAGUCCUCGGGCCCGGAGACCGCGGACUCGCUCCCGCAGCCGGAACCGCGGCGACAGCCACGAACGGAGCCUGUCCCCGUACAGCUUCGGGCCCAAGCUCCCGAAGCCGCGGAACCGGGAGAGGGAGCGCGAGGAGGGGGAGCGUCGGUUCCGAGAGGCGAGAAACAUCAAACGGAUCCGCAUAGGAAGCCGCAGCCGGUCCAGAUCCAGAGAGCGACACAGCAGCACCAUCCCCACCAACAUCAACACCAGCACCAACAACAACCCCGGUUACAACAACCCCGGUUACAACAGCACCAGUUUCAACAACCCCAGUUACAACAACACCGGUUUCAACAACACCAGUUACAACAACACCAGCUACAACCACUGGUCCGAGCAGAGAGACGCUCCAGGGAAACAUGGCAGCUUCAAGGAUGAUUAUUACUACGAACAACACCGGGACGACGCUCAGAGACAGAGACAAGAGGCCUUUAUCGCCAGACGUCUGCAAGAGAGGGAGAGGAUCGGGGAGUCAGGUUGUCCUGAAGUUUGGGGAUAUUCACCAAGAGUAAAAGAACCAGACUCUGAUGAAUUCACACCAGUUGAAGAGGACGAGAAAAACAGCAGCUCCGAGUCGAGCUCAGAAGGGGAGAAGAAGAAGAAAAAGAAGAAGAAGAAGAAAUCCAAGAAAAAGAAGAACAAAAAGCACUCAGAGGACAGUGAGCUGGAAUCAGAAUCAGAGGAAGAAGAAAUAAAGAAGAAGAAAAAGAAAAAGAAGAGCAAAAAAUCCAAGAAGUCCAAGAAGAAGAAGGAGAAGAAGAUUCGUAAGGAGUUGAGCAACUCCAGCAACGAGGAGUCUAAGAAGGAGGAGGAGGAGGAGGCGGGAGAGGUGGGGGAGGUGGGGGAGCGGGAGGAGCGGGAGGAGGGGGAGGAAGAUGAUCCCAAUGGAGUGUUGUGGGUGGAGAAAACCUGCAUUGACGAGCAUGUGGUCGGACCCGAAGCUCCGCUUACCCACUUGUCCCAGGACGACAGACCUUUGGAUUUCGGUCAUGCGCUGUUGCCAGGUGAAGGUGCUGCCAUGGCAGAGUAUGUGAAAGCGGGCAAACGUAUCCCGAGAAGAGGAGAGAUCGGUCUCACCAGCGAUGAGAUUGCAAACUUCGAGAAGUCUGGUUACGUGAUGAGCGGCAGCAGACAUCGUCGUAUGGAGGCUGUGCGUCUGAGAAAGGAGAACCAGAUCUACAGUGCGGACGAGAAGAGAGCUCUGGCGUCUUUCAACCAGGAGGAGAGGAGGAAGAGGGAGAGCAAGAUCCUGUCGAGCUUCAGGGAAAUGGUUUACAGGAAGACCAAAGGCAAGGAGGACAAGUGAACGUCCACCAUUUUCUCUCAGAUUCCUCUUCUUUUUUAAUCAAACACCUUCACCUUUUUAUCCUGUGACUUCAGAUGUCUAUUUUUUAGAGGAAAAUACAUUUUGGUUUUUGGGGGAAUGUACAGUGCGAGGGAGGAUUGUAACUGUAAAGAAAUGUGUAGUCGUAAAGGUUUUCAGUUGUAUUAUUUGUUUCCAUCUUAUUGAUCUGCUGGAUCUCGUCUUCCAUGUCAGAUGUUCAGCCAUAAAUUUCUUGUGUAAAUUGUUUUCCAAUAUUAAUAAAUUUUCCCAGCGAA